AUGCCUGUUUCAGGCUCCGCGAAGAAAACCUGCUCCUAUCAGGAUGUUUUGAACCAUCUGAGUCUGACCAGAAGCAACGACCUGUUCACCAUGACCCGACCUGUCAAAGACUACACAACACCCACCAAAGUCUAUCUGGAGGUUCUGCUUUACGCAAUUCUUGAUGUGAGAGAGAUUGACCAGACGUUUAUAUCCUACGUAUGGAUGUUCAUGACUUGGAAGAACGAGUACAUCUCCUGGAAUGAAACUGAGUUUUGUGGCAUUCAAAGUGUUGCUAUUCCCACUGGCAUUUUGUGGAAACCAGAUAUCACAAUUGAUGAAAUGACAGAGAAAGACAAGGCUCCUUCAAGUCCUCAUCUGGUGAUCUACUAUAAUGGUUUGGUGCAGGAGCAGAACAACCAGGUUCUCACCAGCACUUGCAGGAUGCAUAUUUAUAAAUUCCCGUUCGAUGUCCAGAGCUGUGAACUCUCGUUCAAGUCUGUCGUCCAUGCGACGGAGGAAAUUGAACUUCAUCACGUCCUGAGCUCCACGGGAGCCACAGAGUGGACACGAAAUCUGAUGCAAUCCCAGUAUGAGUGGCUGUUCAUAAACAUGACCGUCAUCAACAAAACAGUGCAAAUCUUUAACUAUGACCAGGAUUACAUCGUCUACACUAUCAACAUGAGAAGAAGGUCUAUACUCUACACUGUGAACUUCCUGCUGCCUAUCCUUUUCUUCUUUUGCUUGGACUUGGCCUCAUUUCUUAUCUCGGACGUUGGUGGAGAAAAGCUCGGCUUCAAAAUCACUGUGCUUCUUGCCGUCACUGUGAUGCAGCUGAUCCUCAACGAAAUCCUGCCCUCUUCAUCCAACAGCGUUCCUCUGAUAGCGGUCUAUUGUAUUGGGAUGUUUACGCUGAUGAUGCUGAGUCUCCUGGAGACCAUUCUGGUAAUGUACCUGAUUCAAAAAGACUCUGAGCCUGAAAAGCAGGACACUGAAAAGAAACAAGGAAAGAAAUGGGACAGUUUUUGCAUCAGUGACAGGUCCACUGAUGGGACUUCCUCUGAAGCGAUGAAGGCCAGUGACAGCCAGCAGCGAGAGUCCCAGAGUGUGGAAAGACUCUCUGGCGACAUAAAGGAGUUGACACAAGCUUUGACUCAACUCAUCAACAGCAAGACUGAAGCUGACAAACCGGGCUACUGGAGCAGAAUGACUGUCACUAUCAACCGAGUUUUCUGUGUUUUCUAUGUCACUGCUGUCAGUGUCUUUUUAGUCUUCAUGUUCAUACAAUGGCAAUAUUAG